AUGAUGGACUUCGCAACGAUUGAGCGCCAGGCGCUGAACGAUUUAAGAGAUUCAAGCAAUUCAGUCAAAAUACCCUUUGAUCGACAAAAUGACCGCACUGCUGAUACCCUGGCGCAACUCGUUGAAAAGCUAAAAAUGAAUGAACCUGUGUGCGUGUCUGUACAGGAUUAUGACAGCCGAUUCCAGAAAUAUGUAUGCACCACGCCCGUCGGUACGCAUAUUCUUGACCUCGCUGCGAGCAUUGAUUGCAGUGGAUCAGUCGUGCAGGAUCAAAUCACUGAACAUCAGUGCAAGCUGCUGGUUUCCUUUCCCGAACGCCUGGCCAACGUGGUUAGUCAAAACCGAAAUGCUACGUUUCUUUUUGACGCCACACUUUAUUGGGAACGCCUUUGUGACACUGUAUUGCUCCUUUAUUUCACAAAAGCGCAGCAGGCGAAUAACUGCGAAGGGGUGCCAGUCGAAACGAAGCAUUUAUUAACGGUUUUGAAAGUGCUAGCUGUUUUGCUGCUCCGACGCGGGAAGAGUGACAUCAUGAUCCGUCGUCUGGGAAUGAUACCAAAGUAUCUGUUCGAUGGUGAGCAUUUUUGCGAGCGAUUUGGCCACCUAAUGGAAGCUGCUUUCGAAGCCAGCAAGCAACCACAUUUUUCUCUCAAAUCUCAGAGACGCGCAGAAGUAUCUAGCCUUUGGCAUCGCUGGAAUACUCUCCUUUUUCAAUUAAUUGAGAAGCGGGCGGAGAUAAAAGAUGUCGUCCUCAGCGCUGUUAGUGCCCUGAUAAAUACCCCAGCUGGUGCCAACUCAAUUCAGCUGGCCAAUAAUGUGUUCUACACCGUUUGUGUGCAUCAACUUUCCCUUGCCGGACCAACGCGGGCAACCGCGCGCAUCAUUGUCAGGGAUUUUCUCCCUGCGGUAGCAGGCACUGCCGACGCGGAUCACAGGCUUACUCAUAGGGAGCAGGAGUGCUUUAGCGCACUUUUCAAGAAGUGGGAAAAUAAAGAGUUUGUCACCUCUGCUGAUUUGAGUCUGAAUAUGCGGCUUCUGCAUCCAGUCAUGUACGCGCUUUUGUAUAUGCACAAGAAAACGCCUGCCGAAAGCAGGUUUCCUGAUGCGUUUGUCGGAGCUCUUCUUACUGGCGUGACAAUCCGCCUCGAUAGCACUCGCGGCCCCGAAUUGCGAAACUGCGCCAUGACCGUUGCUGCCGCAUACGCAACGCUUUUCGUAAUAAGCGCCGACGGUGUCGCUCCAUUGCUGCAGGAUGCAAACUUCUCUGUGGCACUCAACGAGUGGAUGAAAGAGGAACCUGGCACCUCACAGUACGCCGAAACGGUGAGCACCGUAACGCAGAUGAACAACAAGCCCGUAGUCGCCGCAGGUUUGGAGAUGCGAGUGUCUUCACUGGUGGAGGUAUUUCCCUUCGAUCCAGAUGAGGAAUAUCAUUUUUUUACGAGGUCAAGUCACAGCAAAGAAAAAUUGAUUGCAGCACAGGCCAUUGAUGCACCCGUGGCAAUAAUGCAACUCGACUCUACAGAAGCUCCUCUUCCAUCUUUCGGCCAACAAAAGUACACGAAAGAUGAAUUCGGCGAGCACGUGUCCAUUCUCAGCAGCAUUCGUGAGUGUUACAAUGCGUUGGUCGGCGUGGGACGAAGCCCCAACGCGCAACUGCACGAGGUUCAGGAAGCCACUGAAAGUGGCUUGCGAGGGCUUUCUGAUGCAUUCGCUAAGCUCCGGCAGCGGAUCGGAUCGGAUCUAUUCAACGCGGUCGGCAGGGAGACGGGUUCAUUUGUUGCCGUCUUGUUGCCUACGCUGAUUUCACUGAGUAUUCAUGCUCCCGAAGAUCAGAAGCAACAUUUACUGCAGCUACGCUACAAGAUUAUUGUCGACCUCAUCGUGCUGAAUCCCCCUUUAGCCCUGAACCAACUGGGUGGAAUGGUGUAUCGUAGCAAUUAUGGAAUUUACCAACGGACAGAACUCAUAAAAGCAAUUGGCGAAGCUGCUUUUGUGUUGUCACAAGUGGAGGUGGCGCCGGCUUCUGCUGCAAGCACAGGGGCUGGACGCGAGCAAGCCACAGUCGCUGAGAAGCUCCAACGUAUUUAUCCACCGAUUCCGACGCACGAGCUGUCAAGCAGUCGUAAAACGUCUAUUGUGGUGAGCGAGGGCAAGAACACACGUCGUUGGGGAAAUGCGGUGGUUGAACGCCAAAAUCGUACGCGUCCAAAGCACUACAGCAACUUGCUUGGGGACGUGGCCGCAGCGUUUGUGGCCGUGUUUUUGCAUAAGCUUGAUGCCGAUCAUUUUGCCUUUUUUCAAGAAGUGGACCCUUACACGCCGUGUGCAAUUCUCGAUUCUCUUACGAGUGUUUUUCAGGGCAUUACAAAUGUUCGGCACGUCGCUGCAGAGCUGUCUGAGAAGAACUUCGACUUCUUUUUUGCCGUUUGCACACGGCACCCAAACCUCUCUGUCCGGAAAGCUGCGUGGGCUUCCGUGGUGGAGGUGAUGCGCACGUGGUGUGGUGUGGCCCCUCUUUGGAUUCGUCGGAAAGACGGUGAGCGAAUCUUCAACAGGGACGCGGUGACCUAUCGCUCACUUGUCUUUACGAAAGCAUGGCUGAGUGCGCUGGAGAUUCUGCAGCACACUUGCGUGGAUAUGGUGCAGAAGAGUGAUCCUUGUGGACACACAGCUUUGAUUGCAGUUUCCAGCCUGCGCGAUUUAGUGUGUGAUAGAGAUGAUUUUUACUCUAUGCUCGCUCGUGUAGAAGAGCAUGUUUUAGAAGAGUAA